AUGCCGAUCGCGAGUGGUGGCAUGACGCCGCUCAGCUGUCAGACGGCGCUGGGCGGCUUCGCAACCCGAGCGUCGGACGGUUUCGUGAUCGUCGUCGUCGCUAAACUCUGGAUCGCCGGCGUGAUACUUGUUUGUCCUGGGUAGUGGUCAAGAUCUCGGAGAAGAUCGCCAAGGUGCGUAGCUUUCCGCGUCUACGCGAUGGGUCAACUGUUUCAGCUGACCUGUAUUGUGCCCUACACACGUCGACUCGACAGGCCGAGCGAGAUGGCCGACCUUGGUGGUCCUUCGAGUUCUUCCCUCCGCGUACCCCGGACGGAUGGGUCAACUUGUACGACCGUAUCGAGCGCAUGAAGCAACUCGGUCCCAUCUUUGUCGACAUCACGUGAGUAUCCGUUCCUGGUUUGGCCGGUUCGAUCGACAUGGUCGGCCGGAGCUUGCGCGGUCGUAACGGAUGGGGACCGAUCUCCGCUGCCUUGACGAACCGCCGAGUCAACCGACGAGCGAGCGAGCGAGCGAUCGAUCACCUUCGUCGAGCGUGGCGCACAUUUGUUCCGGGUGAUCACCGUGAAGGUCCACGGAGGAUGCUUCCAGUUGUGGAGAGGGGGAUGACCUGUGGAACAGUUACUGUCCUCGCCACUGCAACAGCUUGCUAACCCUGGGAAAGUUUCACUCGCAGUUGGGGAGCCGGUGGAGCCACUUCCGAAGCGACUACAACCUUUGUCAAGCACGCUCACUCUGAGCUUGGUCUUGAGACGUGCAUGCACUUGACUUGCACCAACAUGCCCGUUUCGAUGGUCGACGCUGCUCUCAAGGUCAGCCCUCUCUGAAGCUUUAGCUCGGCACCUUGGAUCUUCGCUAAUUUUUCUUCUUUGCGUGCGAUGCAACUGCAAUCGCAUUCUACAUCGAAUAGGAUGCAUACGAUUCGGGAUGCCGCAACAUUCUCGCACUUCGUGGUGACCCCCCUCGCGGUUCGGAAGAAUGGGUCCAGACAGAGGGCGGCUUCAACCACGCCAUCGAUCUCAUCCGUCACAUCCGCAAGCACUACGGCGACUAUUUUGACAUUGGAGUGAGUGCUCGCAAGUUCAAGCGAUUGAGUUUGACUCGUGUCCUGAUGCUGUCCAGAGUUUGCAUAGGUCGCCGGCUUCCCGGAAGGUCAUCCACAAGCCGAAUCGGCCGAACUCGAGAUGAAGCACUUCAAAGCCAAGAUCGACGCUGGAGCGAACGUCAUCUUCACGCAAAUGUUCUACGACGCCAAUGUGUUCAUCAACUGGGGUCGACGCGUCCGAGAAGCCGGCAUCACGGUCCCCAUUGUUCCCGGGAUCAUGCCCAUUCAGACCUUUGCUUCGUUCAAGCGUCGCACCGAUUUCGCAAAGACGAUCGUGCCGCAGGAGUUGUGGGAUUUGCUCGAGCCGAUCAAAGAUGAUGAUUUGAAGGUGCGAGAGGUCGGCACAAAGUUCGUCGCGGACAUGUGCCGAAAGGUCCUGACGGCCGGGAUCGGCAUCAACGGCAUCCACUGCUGUGAGUCUCCUGAUCUCGGACUCCAAAGUUCUUCUCGAAGCUAACCUCGUCGCUUAUGUUACGCUACAGACACGAUGAACUUGUCUCGUGGUACCGAGAUGCUCUUGGAAGAGAUGAACUUCGUGGCCCAAGCCGACAUCGUUAAGCCCUUGCCGUGGCGAGUUUCGCUCACGCAAAAGCGACGUACCGAAACGACGCGACCCAUUUUUUGGUCGAACCGUACACGUUCUUACCUUUCCCGCACGGCCGACUGGGACGAGUUCCCGAACGGUCGAUGGGGCAACCAGGCGUCGCCCGCGUUCGGUGAUCUCGAUUCGCUCGCUCUGUCCUUACCGCAUAAGGCCCAGGACGCGACAACGCUGUGGGGCGAACCAACUUCGUUCGAGGACGUCGCACAGCUCUUUGCUCGUUUCUGCACGGGAGACCUCAAGGCUUUGCCCUGGAGCGAUCAACCCGUCGCCAGGGAGACGACGGUCAUUUCGGACCCGCUGAAGAAGAUCAACUCGGCUGGGUUCCUGACCAUCAACUCGCAGCCUCGCGUGGAUGGAGCUGGCAGUAGUGAUCCUGUUCAUGGAUGGGGCCCGAGGGGCGGCUACGUUUACCAAAAGGUAAGCUGUCGGUGUCCUGCUCAAUUGAACAUAUAUCUCUUCGAAACUGACAUGACACGAUCUGUCUUCGUUCAGGCCUACCUCGAGUUCUUCGCCUCGUCGGCACACCUCGACGAUCUUCUCAAGGUGUUGCAACGUUACCCUUCGAUGACGUACCACGCCGUGAACAAGGCCGGUGACCUGCAGACCAACGCGGCACCUGGACCCAACGCCGUCACUUGGGGUGUCUUCCCCAGCGCCGAGGUGAUUCAACCGACCGUCGUGGACGGCCUGGCCUUUCUGGCCUGGAAGGACGAGGCGUUCGAGCUGGGUACUUUGUGGGCCGAGCUCUACUCCAAGACGCGCCAGGAAUCGGCCAAGGUCAUCUCGGAGAUCUUUGACACGUUCUACCUUGUCAACUUGGUCCAAAACGAUUACCGCGACGAGGACGAACUCGCCAUCUUCAAGCCAUUCUUCGAGGUUAUUGAUGGCACCAAGACGGCCACCGCGAACGGCGUCAACGGAUCGCACUAG